AUGUACAAAUACAAGAUGAAAAUAAUACCAUGUGUGAUGAUUUGGGAAGGGAUGGUAACUAAGUACCACAAAAUUUACAAAGAAGAUAUAAGAUUAGACCGUCCAAUUGAAGCGUAUAUACACUUUAAAUUGUUAAAAAUGUUCCUGGAGAGAUUGAUGCUAGAAUCAAGACGUGGGAUUCACACCAGUAAGAAGGGUGACAUAGAAGUGGGUUGGAAAUCUGCAGAAAUAAGCAAUAUAGCUAAAAAAUCGGGGUUCUCUAGUUUGGAACAACGAACACAAAUCUAA